AUGCACAAAGGCAUCACAAUGAUCCCUGCUGGACGGUGGUCCGUUCUCGUCAGAGCAGUGGCACCUUGUGCCCUCCGGCGCUUUCACACGCAAGACUCCGCGCGUUUCGUGGAUGCCUUGUGUGAAAGACGAGUUCUCUUCGUAUCGGGAAGCAAUGCCCGGGGCCGGGCCUCUGUAGCAGCUGCUGCUGCAUUGGCACGUGCAUGUAACCAGGGGCCUUCCUUGCUAGUGGACGCUGACGACCCUGUUCACGGCAUGGCAGAUGUGCUUGGUGAGCACCUCGCCAUUGCAUUGCAAAGGCAUGAGCUCCCAAGCGAUGGGCAAAGCUUGCUGUGGCUGGAGUCUCCGGUUCAAAAGGAGCAGGUCCUCUGCCAGGCCUCCAUUGCUGCGGCACAGCUGUGUGCCUGGACCACACGCGAGUUUCUGGAGGAACUUCUAGCAGCAAAGCGCUGGCGUGCCUUAUUGGAGGAUGGCACCGGUGCACGGCUUGUUGCAGCGAUGGGCAUGCCCAUGCAAGAGUUGCUUGGUGUUCUGGAUUGUGUCCAGCCACCUCCAGGGGCAGAGAUGCCUGUAGCACUGGCCCAGCUCUUGCAAACCUCCAAAGACAAAGAACCGAUGGGGGCCGUGGUGGAUGCAGGAGCGCCUGCCCUGGCAGUGCAACUGCAAAGUGUGCCUCCCGCGGUGGCCGAAGGUUUGGGAGGAGUUCUCCGUCUCCAGGAGUUGGUGAAAGUUGCUAAGCAAGCCGCGGUACCUUCGGCGGUGUCUUCUGGCCUUCAGAUGCUUAUCGGGCACUCUGAUCGAGAGGAUUGGCGGGACCACUUUAAGGCGACGAUGGCCGGACUACAGCAGCUGCGCCAGGACAUGGCUGCGCUCGCCGAGGCCGACACGGGCGUGCUCUUGGUGGUGCAUUGGCCCGGGCCAGGCGAACGUGCUGCCCAAAGAGUCGUGGACCGCCUCAGUCCCGUCUGUGCCGUCCUCAUUGGCUUCCCGGAUGAUGGGACCCCGCUUCUCCCCUGGUUGUCUGGCAUUCCAACAGUUUCGCUCCCGGCCAUGGAGGACGUGCCGUCCUGUAAACCCUUCUGCAUGCGCAGCCACAGGUACUUGUAG